AUGGCUAAUCUGCCAGCAUGGCUUGUUGAUAGUCGUGAAAAUGUUUUAAAAACACAGGAAUGGCAUAAUUUAACAACAAAUAUUUAUGAUGCUGUUGAUCAACAUUUAGCACAAAGUCAUGUACAAUAUUUCACGGAUUUAUCUGAUGCAGAAAAAAGUCUUGUAUUAGAACGAGCUGCUCGAAGUUUAAGAGGAACCACAAGUGGAGCACCAACUCCAUAUGAUAAUCUGAAUAAACGAGUUUCAGAUUUACUUGAUAAAAGUGUUAAUAAUGAUGUAUCUCGAUCAUUAUUAAAAGAUGAUCCAUUAGAAACAAAAACUGAUAUUAUUUUAAAUAAAGUAUGUGAAGGUAUUGUUGGUCUUUUACGUAAAUGGCCAGAUCAAAAAUAUAAAUUACAUGCUUUUCUUAAUCAACCAUUACCACAACCAAUACGUUUUGUUGGUUGGAAUCUUUAUUUAUCCAAUGCUAAUCACCGACAAAAAUUUAUUAAUGAUUUGGCAAAUAAUCCUCGAAGUAUAUUAUCACCAAUGGAUGCAGAAAUUCAACGGAAUUGUGAUAGUCUUGUAAAAACAUUACCAUUAGCACCUGAUAUGAUGGAUUCAAAAGGAAAUAUGAGUGCAAUGAAAGCAAUUCUUUCUUAUUUUCAUUCGAUGCUUUCAAAUAAACGUGAUUUAGCUGAUUCGGAAUAUUAUUAUGCUAUACCAAUUGUACUGUCUCAUAAUCCACCCUUGUCAAGAUCGGAGAAACCUUAUGAAAAAUCACUUUCAAUUUUAAUUGAAAUGUAUCGAACAUAUUUGGAUACAAUGCCACCAGUCUUACGUGAUAUUUAUUUAAAUAGUUCAACACAUGAACUUGAACCAUGGUUUCGUAAAGUUGAAAUUCAUUUAAAAGAAAUUGAUCGACCGAUUUAUAAUCAUAUGCGAUCAAUACUUUAUCCACCAGAUUCACCGAUGUCAACAACUGAUGAUCCAUAUGUAUUGAUUUUUUUGAAAAAAUGUUGUUAUCCAUGGUUUAAAUAUAUGUUCGUUGGUUGUCUUACAACGGAUCCUUUAUUAUUUGUUUGGGAUCAAUAUUUAAUUACAAGUGAUAUACCAAAGUUUCAUGAUGAAUUAAUUCCAGCAAUUGCUGCAGCAAUGAUUAUAACAUUAAGAGAUUUUUUAUUAAAAUGUAAAAUGACAUCAGAAAUGGAAACAGUUCUACAACAUAAAACAAAUAUAAUUAUAACACGUCAAUUACAAUCUGUUAUUGUUCGAUUUUUUUUAGCUGAUUUUAAAAAUCGAAUAGCUAGAUCAGAUUUUGGACCAGUUAUUGAUCCAACUGAAGGACGUCAAUGGACAAGUUUUAAUAAAGAUCAUGUUCCGCAAGCUGCUAAUCGACCAGAACAACGACUUACUGAUCGAGAAAGAAAUGAACAAAAUGCUCAACUCGAAAGACGAUUACGAGAAGAAAUGGUUAAACGACAAGAAACUGAACGAACAUUACAAACAAAAAUAGAUCAACUUCAACGUGAAAUUGAUCAUAUGAGAUAUGCUGCUGUUCCACUAACAACACAAUCAGUUCGAGCACCAACACCAGCUGAACGAUAUGUUGUUAAUCCUCGAUCACUACCUAUUAGUCCAGUUAAACCAAUAACAAGACAACAGCAAGGAAAUAGUCCACUUCAUGAUCUACUUCGUAAAGUAACACACACAUACAAUCGAGUUGCACAUGGUGAUGGUAAAAAUAGUGUUACAUUGAAUGAACAAACAAAAAAUGAUAUACGAGUUCAUAAACUUGAUUUAAAAAUGGCCGAACGACAAGUUGUCGGUCGAACAUUACAUGUUAAUGAAUGGAAUCAAUUAACAGAAGCAGAAAAACAAACUUAUAGUCAACAAAUGCUUGAAGUUGUUAAAACACGUAUUCAAAAUCGUUAUAGUGAUGGACGCAAAUGA